AUGGUAGCGCUCGUCCUGGGCGACUCCAUCGCGCCGCCGAGUCUGCCGUCCCCGACACCGGCCACCCGUCAGCCUUUGCCACAUGCGGAGGUUCACCGCUGCUGGCCCUCGGCGUUCCGCUCACCAGCCCUCCGUCGAGCAGCCGCGCCGCACGCGUGGCGACUUGGAGCCCAGCCGUCCCCGGGCUCGCCAACGGCGCCUCCAACAGCGCCGCGCCGGGCACCCUGUUCCGUGGAGAAUCCUCAGACGAGGACGAGCGUGUCGGGAGCGCCCGUGCCCGCAGCCGGCCCGGCUCCUCGCGGCAGUCCGACCGCCUCAGGUGGUGGUGGAGACCAGCAAUUGGCUCGCGGCCGCGGCGGCACGUCGAUGUGA